AUGAGAUGUGUUGCCCACAUUGUUAAUUUGGCUGUCAAUGAUGCUUUGAAAGAAAGUAAUCAAUCAAUUUGUCGUGUUAGAGGGGCAGUGAGAUAUGUGAGACAAUCACCAUCUAGAUUAGAAAAGUUUAAAGAAUGUAUUAAAUUGGAGAAAAUUCAAUCCAAGGCUUUGUUAUGCUUAGAUGUAUGCACUAGGUGGAAUUCUACUUACCUUAUGUUGGAUUCGGCACAAAAAUUUGAGAGGGCCUUUGAGAGAUUUGAGGAGUUUGAUCCACAUUAUAGUCAAGACCUCCGAAAUAAUGAAGGAAUUCCGGACCAUGAUGAUUGGGAAAAUGUUAGGAGGUUGUGCAUGUUUUUGGGACACUUCUAUGAUCUUACUGUGAAAGUUUCUGGCUCAUUGUAUGUUACUUCAAAUGCGUAUUUUCCUGAAAUUUGUGAAGUGUAUUCUAUUUUGCGUGAUUGGAUAAAGAGUAAGGAUCCAAAAUUUAGUUCAAUGGCACAAAGAAUGAAGGAUAAAUUUGACAAGUAUUGGGGAAAUGUGGACAAAAUGAAUAUGUUGUUGUAUGUUGCAACUGUGCUUGACCCUAGGAGAAAGUAUGUCUAUGCUGAUUUUUGUUUCAAAAGGAUGUAUGAAGAUGAUGAAGCCUCUAAAUUGUCUAAAAAUCUUAGAGAAGUUAUGACAGAUUUGUUUAAUGAAUACAAGAGGUUGCAUGAAUCUUCUUCAUCUUCACUAAAUGAGACUUUUCAAUCAAGUGAGCUUGUUAGUGCGAACAUGCCUUCUAUACCUCAACCUCCAAAGAAAGGGAAACCAAAAGCUGUUAAUAAGGAAUUCUUAAAGUAUUUGGAACAAAUUGGUUGUGCUAAUCAGAUCACAGAGUUGGAUAAGUACAUUGCUGAACAACUUGAGAAUGGAGGUGAGGAUGAUGAGUUUGAUAUACUUAAUUGCGUUCAGCACGGGUGGUCGAGUUCUUGA